AUGUCUACGGAAGUGGUUUUAGUGAUAGAUUUCAAAAAGGUCUGUCGUGCGUGCUUACUAGACAGCGGGCCCAUGAAAGACUUGUUCAUGGUUUGCACACCUGAAGUUUACAAAUUCUGUACUUCUGUUGAGUUGGAUGAAAGUGAUGGUCUACCUCGCCAGAUAUGCCAAGCUUGUCUGGAUGUACUGAACAAGUCAUAUUAUUUCAAACAAACUGCAGUUCGCUCCAACCUUAUAUUGAAACAACAAUUUUUAGAUGAGCAGGAACCUGUUAAACUGGAAAGUAAACCUAAUCAUAUCUUAGAAAUGACUGUGCCAGAAAUAGAGGAUGACAUGCUCAGUCAGAAUCCUCCUUCAGAAGAUGAUAUGCCACCUGACCGCUCCAUGGAACCAGCUGAAAUUAUUAGGAGAAUAAGAAAGCGCAGAGAGCUAGAAAAACCGAUGAAGAAAAGGACAAGAAUGAAAUGCCCAAAAUGUGAGAAAUCAUUUCAAAAAUAUGAAAAUUUCGAAGCGCACUUGAGAAUACAUUUUGGUAAAAAGCCGGAUAUAAAAUGUGAAUAUUGUGACAAGACGUUUCCAGCUGUUCGUAACCUCCAAAGUCAUAUACGCACACACACAGGCGUUCGUAAAUAUCAGUGUUUGACUUGUGGAAAAAGCUUUGCUUAUUUAAAUGUACUGAGGAAUCAUGAAAUGAUCCAUGCUGGUGUUAAGAAGUAUGUCUGCAAUAUAUGUGAUGCCAGUUUUGUACAGAGUAGUAAUCUGAAGUCUCAUAUAGAAUCUCACAGUGAUCAAAAGAACUUUAGUUGUAUGCAAUGUGGCAGGAAAUUUAAACAUCAAGGCAACUUUAAAUCGCAUCUAAUUAGGCAUUCAGGUAUUAAGAACUUUGCCUGCCAGAUCUGUGAUAUGAGAUUUUAUAUUAAGGGAGAUUUACGCAAACAUAUGCGGUCGCAUUCGUCUGAAAAACCAUAUGCUUGUGAAUACUGUGAUAAAACUUUUAAAACUCAGAGUUUUAAAACAGUCCACAUGAGGACCCAUACAGGUGAGCGUCCAUUUGCUUGCGACUUAUGUCCGAAACGGUUUAUGGCGCGAAAAGAGUUAAGGACCCAUAGAAUGACUCACACGGGCGAGAAACCCCACAAAUGUCAACUUUGUGACCAAGCGUUCAUACAAAAAGGUGCUUUAAACCGACAUGUGAAAGGACAUAUGCAGAAGGAAGCGGAGAAACCACAGAAUAUAUUACUUAGGGCAAGACUGCAAGGAUCUGUGGCCGAAUAUUCACAGUGGAAUACUGAUGUUUGA